GACAAUAUAUGCAGGCAGAUGACUAAUUAAAGGAAUAACUGAAUAGAAAAGUUAAUACAGAUGCUUCCAUUCAAGGCAUGAGGACUCACUGAAUGGUUUGAUGAGUGUUAAAAUGAUGAAUCAUAUGCUAUGCACUUCAUAGUCACAAGUUCUCAACCCAGCUAAACACCCCCAAUAUGGGAGAUUGUUACAGACACUCCAGGCUCCCCUUCACUCCGCACUCCCUUUCCUGAAUACUAAUGCCAAGCACCUGUCACCUCGUACACACCUGCAGCCAAUUAGCAUUCCACUCCCCUAUAAAACCCAGCUCCUCACCACAGUCUGUGUCCAGUCUCGUUUAAGACACAGGAUAGAACGCUAGUUCCCCUGAUUCUAUAAACGCCUUGGACUCACUUUUCCUGAACGAAAACUACUACCAGCCUCCAGUACCCCGUACCUCUUCUCCGGCUCCUUCGUACUCCUGUCCUCCGUGUGUCUCCAGUCUUCCAUGAGUUAUCCACUCCAGCUCCUGGUCCCGUGUGUCGCUCCAGUGUCCAGUCCCGUGUGGACCGAAUCCUUGGUGUUCAGCCACUCUACUCCAGAGCUCCAGCAUCUCCAUUCAAAGGACAGUAUACUUCCCUCCAUUAUUUAUCUACGCUCCUUGUAUUGCAAUAAACUAUAUCAUAAGCUUCCUCGUGUCUCCUGUCAGUUCUGUCCGUAACAGAGAUUUUGGACAGAUAUGUCAGACAGUGCUCUUCACCAACAUCAUCAUCAAAAUAUCACAUGAGGAAAUACGUUUUGGAAGAAUGGUGUUCAUCCCUCCAGUAAAGAAGACGAAGCCUAGCGCUUUCAGAUUUGAUCACAAAAAUAAAUGUUUGAACAUAAACAUAGACAUAAUUUCAAUCCAGUACAACAAAAAAAUAUAACACACAGUGACAUGAAAGGGCACCAAUUUUAGUUGUAUUAAUCACAAGGGCAAUACUACACUGCAUAUCAAAUGGAAAAGAAACAAAAUUAUAUUCAGUCUAAAAGAGCCUAAAUACUUUGUCUGGCACUAUCAACAAAUGCAAGAGCACGUGCUGAAAACCAAACCAAAAAGGUUUAUAAAAAAAAAAAAAAAAAAAGCUGUGAUGUAAAAAAGGUUUGACUUCCUGUGAUACACCAGUGUUAAACCUCAGUUCCAUCUCUCAUUCACUGUCUGAGACUUCAACAGCACCAGGACAGCCCCUGAGUGUGAUACUCAUAUGUCCCAAAGAGACAUGAAGUGUCUGCAGCUCCUAUUUGUGUGUUGGUGCUCCAGCAUCCUUGCAGUGACCAGCUGCAUCAGAGCUGAUGGAUUUUCGUGUGUGACUGCCUAUUGGAACACAAUAACUUGUGUCUUGAACAUUACUGGUAAUCCUGUGGGACAGUCCAACACCACCUACAGCCUGAAAUUCACUUUAAAGUCAAAAAACUUGAGAGGAGACCAGUUUUCCUGUCCAGUUGUGGUGAAGAAUCACAGUUACAGCUGUGACUGUAAAGUCAAUAGUUGUACCAGUUUCCAUCAAUAUGAUAUAGAACUCUGUCAUGAAUCUGGCUGCCAUCCUGUAACAAAUACGCCUUUUGAACCAUCACAGAACAUUCAGCUGACACCCCCACAUAAACCUGAGGUCCGAAAAUCACCAGAGACUUUCAACAUAACUUGGAACAGUGGGUAUGAAUCCCAUCGGCACCUCGCCAGUGCCCUUGACUACGAACUGUUACUUCAAACAUCACAAAGCACUGAGAGCAAAAUUCUUCAUGUCAGUUCACAAGAGACGUAUUGGAUUCAAAGAUCACAACUUAAACCAAGUGCCACAUAUUGUAUUAAAGUGAGAUCUAAACCUAAAGAAAAUCUUGACUAUAAAGGAACUUGGAGUAAAUGGAGUCCACUAACAUGCUGGAAAAAUGAAGCAGAAGAAGCUUUCUCAGAACAAGAAAAUACAGAUAUAUUAGUCAUUUUGACUAAAUCUCUGGGCCCAGUGUGUGUGGCUCUUGGACUCCUGCUGUUUGUAUUCUGCAGUCCCGCUGCAAGAAUGAAGAUAAAAACUCUGUCCCACACACCAUCGCCAGCCCCUUUCUUCCAGCCUCUAUUUCAACAACAUGAAGGCAAUCUCAAGGAAUGGCUUUCACCUCAAGGCAAAUAUUUGCUAACAUACAAAACUGAGAAGAUCUUGACAACCGAUGCUGUGAUUGUUGUGCCAAAACCCAUUACAAAGGACCCAGAGGAGAACCAGGACUUUCACAACCCUUCAGUAACACAACUGGCAUUACCUCAGUGUCAAACCUCCUAUGUUGGCUUACCAGGGAUACAUGAGGCCUCUCCACCUUUAACUAUGGUCUGUCCAGGGGACACGUCCUACACUCAGCUCCCUUGUUCUGUCUGGGGGGUUGCCGUUGGAGAAGUAGAGGUUGUCUCCUCUCCACCUAAAGAUUUCUUCAACAUCAGCCAUGUAGACUCUGGCUGCAGCUGUGAGGACAUAACCCAAAGCCCAGAGUGCAGUUUACCAAACAGUCCGGUUGAUGACAGUCCAACACUAUGUUACUGUAAUGAUUACUGUAUUCUCAACAAAACAGCAGAAGGUUUUGCUCCUGUUAUAGUGUCCAAGGGAGGCCGCUUAGAUGUUCCAUCUGCUGAGACGUAAAAAUAAGAAAUGAUCCUGUCAGUUUGUUUGGAGAAAGCAAAAUUCAUAAGACUGGUGACACUGAUCACAAUGGCUGUAUAUCGCAUUGCAGGAAAUGUCAGACUUGAUGCUGGCAUGCUCACUUACACACCAUAUGUUGUGUGUUCUAGAUAGCACUUCAUAUUUAGCCAGUGCAGGUUUUUGUGUGUUUGUAUGCCUUGAAUUUCCUACAUCUGUGAAGCAUUUGAAUGUACUUCACAAUCUCUCUUUUUAUGAGGCAAGCAUAAACACAACACAGCACAUAUGGUAGGCUUCUGCUUUGGCUAACUUGUGUAUAUUACACUUGACAUAUUUGCCAUACUGACUGCAAAAUGAUGACGCGUAUGUGUGUGAUUUUCACAUCAACUUUCUAUGAUUUUUUUAUGUAUAGCCUAACGUUUUUUAUUUACCUCUGUUUGUGCUCUGCUCCAGAUGCUCAUGAUAUACAGUAUUUCCCCAAGGGGAUCAAUAAAGCAUAAUCU